AUGCUCAAGGCAUUCCGGACUCUACCUCAACUCAAGGCGCGCCCAACUGCUCGUGUCGUGACGUAUGAAGACGGCGAGUCUAUCUUAGAAUUCUAUCCGCCAGGCGGGAAGUAUCUUGGCAGACAAGUCGUGCCCGCCGACAACAAAAUGAAAGACGGCGGCAAGAGCUUCAUGGCUCCGCCUUCUCACAUUCACCUUCUGCAGGAUGAGGUGUUCUACGUGACUCAAGGCGAAGGUCUCUGGUACCUGCGCGGCCAGGCACCACGUCGCCUCAAGGCUGGUGACACCAUCACGAUACCGCAAUUUCUUCCUCAUCGAUUCGAGAAUGUACCUGGAGGUACUGAGCCUUUAGAAUUCGACUACAACUAUGAUUCUUCCAUGCGUGAGAUGGAGAUGCGCUUCUUCUACAACGUAUUUGCCUAUAUGGACGACUGCCAGCAUGCCAAAGUACCGCUCAGCACCCUCCAGCUUUGCGUCUUCUGCGCCGAUUGCUGGAUGCCUGUUGACCUGGGAAUCCCUGGACCCAAUCUGAUCAAUCUUGUCUUCAGUACGCUCUUCAUGUGGAUCGGUGCUGCCAUUGGACGCUUCGUUUUUGGCUACCAUCGCACAUAUCCUGAAUACUACCAAGAAGAAGGCAAUAUAUUCAAGAAGCAAUCCUGA